AUGUUCUCGACGGCGAUCGUGCUGAUUGUUCUCGGCUGCGCGCUGCGAUCGUCCGCGCAAUUCCCCAGCCCCAACGAAGCACAAGCUAAAUGCUGCCCCCAUUGGUACAGCGGAAACUUGGCCGCUUUCCACAAGUGCACCUCUAAGUACGGAUUCUGGCCCAUCUGUCCCCAAGAUCCCCUCGCGUUCGGCUGCCGAUACCGGGGACAAUGGUACGCAGUCGGCAGCAUCAUUGAAGCCAACGCCAAGAAGUGCUAUGAAGUCCACUGUGUGCGCAAGGCGCCGUCUUUGUGGCCGUCCGUGCGCAUAAAGCACAUCAGCAAGGAAUGCAACUGCUGCGAGUUCAAGGGGCGGAUAUAUGAGCAUGACCAUAUCAUCCAUCUGAAUGAAUGCGAAAGGAUCCAGUGCAACAACGGAACCUGGGAAAAACUACCGCAAGCGCCUGGAGACACCUGGGCGUGCCCCGCGGGCUCCACGCCCUGGGACGACUUCUGCAUCUACUUCUGGCCCGUCAUCAUGAGCUGGCCCGACGCCCAGAAGAUCUGCCACCUGCUCGGCGGCUCGCUGAUCGUGCCGCUGAAGCCUGACGACAACGAGAUGAUCGCCGACGGGCUACGCGGCGCCGGCGGCUGGCUGGGGGCCAGCAACGGCAAGUGGCCGGACACCAGCGGACGCGCGUGGAAGGUGUCGCCAUGGGCGCCCGGACAGCCCACCAACGGCACCGUGCACGAGUAA